CAGUGUGUAAAGGUUGCCAUAAAGGACAAACAAGUGAAAUACUUCAUACAUUACAGUGGUUGGAAUAAAAAUGCUGUGAGGCCCAGGCGCUCUGAAAAAUCUUUGAAGACACAUGAGGAUAUUGUAGCCCUUUUUCCUGUUCCUGAAGGAGCUCCCUCAGUACACCACCCCCUCCUGACCUCUAGUUGGGAUGAGUGGGUUCCGGAGAGCCGAGUACUCAAAUAUGUGGACACCAAUUUGCAGAAACAGCGAGAACUUCAAAAAGCCAAUCAGGAGCAGUAUGCAGAAGGGAAGAUGAGAGGGGCUGCCCCAGGAAAGAAGACAUCUGGUCUGCAACAGAAAAAUGUUGAAGUGAAAACAAAAAAGAACAAACAGAAAACACCUGGAAAUGGAGAUGGUGGCAGUACCAGUGAGACCCCUCAGCCUCCUCGGAAGAAAAGGGCCCGGGUAGAUCCUACUGUUGAAAAUGAGGAAACAUUCAUGAACAGAGUUGAAGUUAAAGUAAAGAUUCCUGAAGAACUAAAACCGUGGCUUGUUGAUGACUGGGACUUAAUUACCAGGCAAAAGCAGCUCUUUUAUCUUCCUGCCAAGAAGAAUGUGGAUUCCAUUCUUGAGGAUUAUGCAAAUUACAAGAAAUCUCGUGGAAACACAGAUAAUAAGGAGUAUGCGGUUAAUGAAGUUGUGGCAGGGAUUAAAGAAUACUUCAAUGUAAUGUUGGGUACCCAGCUACUGUACAAAUUUGAGAGACCACAGUAUGCCGAAAUUCUUGCAGAUCACCCUGAUGCACCCAUGUCCCAGGUGUAUGGAGCGCCACAUCUACUGAGACUAUUUGGUAAUAAUGCCAUGUUGAAAAUAAUUUUACUUUUUUUGGGGGGGGGGUGUCUUUCCUAAAUGAAUAAGAGAUAA